AUGUUUCCUCCCCCCGCACCUUCAAGCUCCAAACAGCCUGAAAGUUUGGUGUGUGAUGAUGAAGUUGAUAAUGAGGAUGAAACCCUGGGCGUUGUUUUGUCUUUACUCUCCUGCGUUUCCCUCAAUCCCAGCAAUGCCAUGUUGCUGAUGUCCGCAGUCCUUGACAGCGCCCAGGGGAACCCCGUUCCUCUUGCUCCUGCCGCCGCCAACAUGUCUACCGCCAUCGCUUCAACCUCGUCAUCUACCACUGUCGCGUCAAACACUUCCUCGACCACCGUUGCGCCGACUCCCUUUGCUACCACUGUUCUAUUGGCCGUUUCAUCCCACGGUCCCCAUGUUCCUGUUGCACUGGCAGCCAUAGGUGCAUUGGCAUCUAGUACCAGGACCCACAAUGGUCAAGCAUACAAUGUUCCCGAGGGUCCUGUUACAGGGGCAGUUUAUUUAGUUACAAGGGGUCGCCGUAUCGGCAUUUUUUCCAGCUGGCAACUCACAUCCCCCCAUGUGACGGGUGUCAGCCAUGCUGUCUUCAGCCGUUGGCCUUCCAUUGAGGCUGGGAUCACUGCCAUGGAGGAUGUGAUUGAUGCGGACACGACGCAAAUUUUGCCUUAA